GCUUUGUUCCAAUCCAGGGUGGUCCUUCGCUUUAUAACUAAGUCUGUGUCGCUCUUUUGUUUGUUCUCCAGGCUUUACAGUUCCCAGACGUAGUCAUGCAUUUGCAUCCUCUCUCGGUGACCGUGGCUCUUGGUGCACUUGCGGGCAGGACGUUCGCGCAGGAUGCAGAUUAUACUAAAUAUGUGGAUCCUUUUCAUGGAACCGAAAAUGGGGGCAACAUGUUUCCCGGCGUCGUACCCGCCCCCUUCUCAGUAGUUAAGCUCGGCCCGGACGUAUCAUCAGGUACGACCGAUGCCUACUCAGGCUACCUGCCCACAGGCAACGUGACGGGCUUCAGCAUGAUGCACGAGUCGGGCACCGGCGGCGCGCCCAAGUACGGCGUCGUGUCGCAAAUGGGUGUCGUGGGUGCCGUGUCUAAUCCGUUGCUGGACCUGUCAGCUGCCCGCGCUGUCGAGGACCAGGCUCGCGUUGGCUACUACCGCUCCGAGCUAACUACUGGUGUUGUCGUCGACCUGGCUGGAACUAACCAUGCUGGCUUUUAUCACUGGACUUUUCCACGUGCUGAUACCCACAGCAUUGUCGUCGAUGUGAGCCAUGUGCUGCCAAGCUUCCGUGGCUUGGGUUGGGGCCAGCAGUAUACGGGUGGUAACUUUGAGGUUUUUCCUGACGGCCAUUACGAGGGCAAUGGCACAUAUAAUGGCGGCUGGAACCUCUCUCCGGACUGGACCAUUCAUUUUUGCGGCCGUUUCGACAUUACCCCUAGCAGUAGUAAGACGUUUUCGGGCGUUGACCAGGCACUCUCACAGUAUGGCGAGAGUGCCAGUGUGUCAGGCACCGAGCGCCUUGGUGGCGUCUUCACAUUCAACGAAACUUCCGUCUCGUCUCGAGUCGGUAUUUCUUUCAUCUCUUCUGCCAAGGCCUGCGCCUUCAUUGAUUCUGAGAUCCCCGCGGCGACGGGCUUGGAUUCACUCGUCCGGGCCUCCCAGGAAACAUGGAACGCAGAGGUCCUUCGCAAGGUCGAGACCAGCUCAACCAAUGCCACUUUGUUGACCCAGCUGUACAGCAGUCUUUACGGCAUGCACCUGAUACCCUCGAACCGCACGGGCGAAAACCCGAAGUGGGAGAGCAGCGAGCCGUACUACGACGAUAUCUUCACCUUCUGGGACCUGUUCCGGUGCACGACGGCGUUGAUUCAAGUGCUCCAGCCAGAGGCGUACGAGGAGCAGAUACGCAGUCUGAUUGACAUCUGGCGGCACGACGGCUGGAUGCCCGAUGCGCGUAGCAGCAACUUCAACGGACGUGUGCAAGGCGGCUCCAACGCCGACAACGUGCUGGCGGACGCGUAUGUUAAAGGGGUUAGAGGGGCGGUGAAUUGGGAGGAUGGAUUCAAAGCUAUGCUCGCGGAUGCUGAGAAGGCUCCCCCUGGUAACAACGACCCCUCGACUGCGCCAGACACGUCUUCCACGGCACAAGGCCGCGGCGCGUUGCCUGACUGGAUCAGGUACGGCUAUAUCACGCCCGCAUACUCCCGGGCCGUUUCUCGCGCCGUUGAGUACUCAGCAAACGACUUUGGCCUUUAUCAAGUCGCGACGGGGUUAGACGACACAACUUCGGCGGCUAAGUACCUGAACCGCAGCCGCAACUGGCGUAAUCACUGGAAUCCAAACGCGUCGUCCCGAGGCUUUACCGGGUUCGUUGUGCCGCGGAAAGCGGACGGCAGCUUUGUCGCACAAGAUCCACAGGGGUGCGGGGGCUGCUACUGGGCGGAUCCGUACUACGAGGACAACUCGUGGACGUACAGCUUCAAUGCGCACCACGACAUGGCGACGACAGUGGAGUUGAUGGGCGGGACAUCGCGGUUCGUAGCGCGGCUGGACGAGUUUUUUGAUGCUGCCCUCUACAACCCGGCCAACGAGCCCGGCUUCACGACACCAUACCUGUACAACUUCGCCGGGCGUCAAGAUCGCACAGUGGCGCGGUUGCGCGACAUUGCGGGGCAGCGAUACGGGGCGGGGCGGGACGGCAUCCCGGGAAACAGCGACGCGGGGGCGAUGCAGUCAUGGAUCCUGUGGAACAUGCUGGGCCUGUACCCGGUGACGGGGCAGACGACGUUUCUGGUGGGCAGCCCAUGGUUUGAGCGCGUAGCCGUGGAUCUGGGCAACGGUCGGCGGUUGGUGGUGAGCAGUAGUGGCGGCGAAGAGGGCCCCUACGUACAGAGCCUGCGGGUGAACGGGCAGCAGUGGGAUCGCGCGUGGGUGGCGUGGGAGGAUGUGUUUGCGCGCGGAGGAGAGAUGGAGUUUGUGCUGGGGGCGCAGGCAGCUGAGUGGGCGACGGGUGACUUGCCGCCAAGCCCAGCGGUGUCCGGAUCCGGGUCGGUGGGCAGCGGAGGUGGAGGUGGUGGGCAGAGGAAAUGACGCCGCCAAGUCCGCGGAAAAGAAGUGGUGGUGGUCCUCGUGCUGGUGGGUUUCUUGGCGUUUGCACGCGUGGUCGAGGCCUGGACCCUGGGUGGCGGAAGCGGUGAGAAGACGCGAAACCCUCGUCGACGACGCGUCCAUCCUGAGGGCUGUUGCUAGAGUGACUUCGUCUACCCCAGGAUUUCGUCUGAUAAGGCGCAAUCUGCCACUGCUUUCCCAUUGGCCGCAAGCGGC